GGUCCUCUAGGUGUCUCACUCGAAAAUGUUAUCGUAUCGGGGCUUGUGCGUCCUGGGUCUUAUCGUGACCCUCGGGAUAUGUUUGACCUCAUCCAGAGAAAUCUCCCGGCAAAAAAGGGACCUCGUCGACCUUGAAACCGCAGCGUCACAUGGCCACAGCUGGAAAAAGGGCGGCGGCAAAGAGCACCACUCCGACCAUCAUGGUAGCCAUGGAGAAAAGGGCGAUAAAGGCUACAAAGGCCACCACCAUCACGAAAAAGGCCACAAGGGUCAUCAUGACAAAGAAGGCCACAAGAAACACUUCGAGGAACACGGGGGACACAAAAAAGGCCACCACCACAAAGAUGGCUACUAUGGUGAACACCACAAGGGAGAAAAAGGAGAAAAGGGACACAAAUACGGAGAAAAAGGAUCCUACAAGAAAGGUCAUAGCACUAAAGGAGGACAUGAUGUCCACAAGUUAGAUGAGUACAAAAAAGAGAAACACUUCUACGACGAAGACCACGAUUCUGGUCACCAUGAGAAACACGGAGGGUACCACCACCAUGAUGGGUACAAAAAGGGAGGCCACAAGAAAGGAGGACACAAAAAGGGCGGCCACCAUGAAGACCACUAUGGUAAAAAAGGACACCACGAGCACGGAUCACAUCACCAUGAAGACAAAGGCCACAAACAUGCCGGUGGUCAUGAAGAGCAUUACGGCCAUGGGUCUAAACACGCCAAGAAGGGCGGUCAUGAAGGGCACAAACACUGGGGAUACAAGAAGAGCCACAAAGGCCACUAGAGUUGUUAUACUUGAAUUGUUGUUGCUUUUUGUUCUGUUGAUAUUAAAUGAAAAAUAAAA